UAAAACCAAUAGUGAAGUUGCUGCUAUCCAAAGUGGAAGAAAAGCGGAAAACAUUAAACACGUUUAUGGUGUACAAAUAUAUAAUGAGAAGCUUCAAAGGUUGACGUGUUUAAAGACUUAAGAGACUAAAAAGACUUAAAAGAUAAAGCAAAAGGAGGACACAGCAAGAAGCCUAUUAAGACAAGAGGAAAUAAAGGUUGUUUUGAGUUGUGAAGCAGUUGGUAGUUUGUGAAGUUUAUGACUGAGGUGAGGAACAGUCUGGUGGGAACUACAGUACUGCUCAACCAUAUCAGCUGAGCUUGAGGUCACCACAUCAAAGCGAGGUGGUCAGAAAAUCUCUCUGAAUGGCUUCUUGUACACUAAGAAGCAUUUUGCAAAAUCAGUGGAUGAGAUGGUUUCUCGCACUGCCAGAGGAGGUCAAGGCACGCAUGCCUAGGCUGUCGGGGAUGAUACGUCACUGACUCGACAUAGCACGCAAGGCAGCCAGUCACAAGAAGGCUUCGUGUCAUCGCCGAGGGAAUCAUGAGAUUGUUUACAAACUUUGAUACAAUGUCACACACCCACAGCCACCACCCACCACAGUCAACUGUCCUCACAAUGCUUUCAUCAUGGCUAGUGAACCCCCUGAGAAAACAAGGAGACAAUGAUUAUUAACCGACACCUUAACCUUGGUGGAGGAAGUGUAGAGUCGAGGUGCAGUGAUUCCAGGAAGGGUGGACAGCAAAACAGGCAAAAAGAAGAGCUUGCGAGGAAAUGUGGCAGGACUGUCUGGCACUCUGCUGAACCAGUCAUCCACCAACAGUGGUAAUGGAAUCAUCAGACCCUCGCCUGCUGGUGUUGCUGAGUCUGGUUUUGGUGCUGCUAUGGGAGAUUCAUCCUCAUUACCGACGAUCAGCGAUUGUGAGGAGUCCUGGUAAGGAAGCCCUGCCAUGGCCGCCCCUGCUGCCGCCGCCGCUCCAGUGGAUUAUUCACGUCUCAAGCUGCUGUGCAUCUUGGAGGGUCCGGGAGCAGCCGUGCUCUCAUACGCCUUGAAAUGCGGCACAAACAAGACCGCCUCUGUCACCCUCUUGCAGUACCUGACGAACCUUCCAGACACCUCAACGGCGAACUACCGCGCGCUCAAAGGUGAGCAGAAGAGGAAGGCGUUUACCCCCACUGAGAAAAUUACUAUUGCUGAUGACCCCUCGUGCCAGAGCUUUGAUAUAACACUGCUUCACAAGUGCAUAAGACUGGCCUGUGAAAAUGUUGCAGGACUCAAUGAUGCUGCUCGCUGGCAAGAUAAUACAGUGAUGGAGGGCCUGCUCACAAAAAUAAAAGCAGAGAGAAAUGAAUGUGUGCACGAGAGGCCUCAGAUGACAAAUGAACAGCAUUUUUUGGACAAAGUUGAGGAGCUUAAGAACCUCUUCAUCAGAGCCCUUCAGGCUGUUAAAGAGAGGUACGGAGCCUCUGACGUUGAGACUACAAACGUCAGAAACAACAUAACAAGGCAGCUACAAGAUAUAUUGGAGGCGUUUACUGAAAAGAUAAUCUUACAGAUGAAUUUUAAUAAACGGCUCCGUUUCUUUAAGGAAGAGUCAGUGGAUCAUCUGAGAAAUAUCUACAAACAAUUUGAAUAUUUUGACCCACUGUCCUUCCUCAGUGGAUCCCCAGAAGAACGGGUCCACAUCCAGACCGUAUUUUCAAAACUUGUCCUUAAAGAACAACCGAAAGCCAUUGAAAUUGACUGUUUGCGUCUCUUAAAAUUUUUAAGACCAAAGCCUGAGGGGUCGCAGCCCUCGCAGCCUAUCCAGGACCAAAGACCACAACUUGCUGUAGUGAGCGGGGUGGCCGGGAGUGGCAAGACCACCCUGCUCACUUUCAUCUUGUCAGAGUGGCUCAAAGAAGAGUGUGAUCGCCGCGUCAAACACCUGGAGGAAUACGACAUUGUCCUGCGCAUUAUGUGUCGGGACAGAGAUGCACAAACUCUGGAGACAUUCCUGGGCCUGGUCUUCCCGUCUAGUCUGUCAGUGUUUAAUGAGCCUCUAGCGAACUUUUUAAAGCACUGUAAAGUGCUCUUCAUCAUCGAUGGUCUAGACGAAAUGAACAGCACCUCCGAAAAUCUCGUCAAUGAUAUUCUGAGUAUAAGCAAAUAUACCGGAAAUUUUUCCAUUCUCGCCGCCUCACGACCAGAACGAGUGUCCGACUUCUUGGCCCGCACGCGUCAGGACUAUAAACAAUGGCAGGUAUCCAUCGAAGGGAUUCCUUUCAGAAAGAGAAUGAAGUUUGCACUUCAGUACUGCACCUCCACAAACCAAGAUAGGCUGAAGGAGCUGAUAGUAAAAAAAAGCAACAUGAAAUUAUUUGAGCUCCCACUCAAUCUAAUAUUCCUGGUUACAUUAUUUGAAGACAAUCCUGAUUGCAUUAAGGAAAAUACUACCCAGUCAAGCUUGUACACCAACAUCCACGAAUGGUGCACAGAAAAGCUGCACCACAGAAUAUCCGUGGACCCCACAUGGGGGAAGAAGAGGCCACAGACCCGUAACACGAGGAUAAAAAGAGUAUUGAAAGUAAUGUACCAAAUGGCGCUACAAGGGUUGCUGCAGGACAGACUGAGCCUCUCAGACGAAGACAUCGAGCGGCUGGCGGAUUGCUGCGAGAGAGAGGAUCUGCCGACCCACCAAGUAUUGGGAGCCUUCUUCAUUCUGCGGUCGUCUGUCACUAACAGAGUAAUCAAAAGAAAAUAUUACAUACCACACAAAGGACUGCUGGAGUACUUCGCAGCUCAACAUAUCAUGCAGUCCCUUCAGGAUGGAUCUCUUUCAGAAUCAGGAGCUAUUAGGAGCCUACUUCAUUACGUCCUUCAGCCACAGACAAAACCUCUAGAUCUUAAAGGUCUGCGUAACCUGUUCUGGCACGUGGCGGGCCUCUUGAGCACACCAGGGGCGCCAAAACGUCCCGAGGCUAUCAAGGAAAUAUUAGACUUGCUGGCGGAGACUGGCGCAGAAUGGGAUGAAUGGAUAUCAUUAGUGGAAGACACGCAUUAUAAUGAAAACUUCCUGCAGGGCAUCGCUCAUCAUGUGACAGAAAACCCUCCUCUUGGUACUGUAAAGAUAAUAGAUACAACACUGGCCAGCAGUGCAGCACUACUUCCUCAUAUUCCUCCAAGAAACGUGGAAUUAAAACUGGAGAACGAAACAGUUAAUUUGAAGAAUAUUCAUGCAUUGACUGGUCAUAACUGUAGUGCGUUGUAUCUAAGUCACCAUUUCAAUUACCCCUGCCAGAAGCCCGCUUCGGACGCUGUCCUACGCGCCCUGGACAGGAGUCACCUCAUCCGGUUCCUGGGUCACCUGAGUGCUGGCUGCCUGGCGCUGCUCCCUCAAUCCCUUACGAAGCUUUACCUGGCUCUACCUACCGAUCAGUACGCUGGCAGCCUCCUAGCAGCCCUCAGCGGAACUGUCCCAUCUAAACUGUAUUUCCUUUACAUACAUGUCCCCAUGGAGAUGGUAACACCAGAGACGCUUACAUCGCCACUGCCUGAUGUCCACAGUGUGAUCCUGAUCUUGUCUGAUGUGAACAAGAGCGUGAUAAAUGAAGCUUGUCAAGUGGCGGCAGCUCUCCAGCCUAGAAAAAGAGGGUAUCGUGCCAUCAGGUUUCCCCGCGGCAAGAUGAAGACAGCAGAGUGGCGGGAACUACUGCACCACCUCGCGGCUGCUAAGGUCACGGUAGAACGUAUAGAGAUAUCAGAGGGAACUAUCGCGAAGAAGGAGGAGAGAGAGCUGCAGGGCCUCGCUGAAAAUUUGCUGCGGUGCAGGUUUUGGAGACACCAUAAGGAUGAUUAUUUCCUGCCAUAGCAUGAAAUAAGUUGAUCCUGAUGAUGAUGAUGAUGGUGAUGAUGAAUAAGUUGAUAAUGAAGACGAAGGAGAGAACCAGGACAAGGAGGACAAGGAGGAGGAGCGAAAAAAAAAAAAAAAUCCUGGUUUUGGUACUAAGACUCAAAGAUGUACGUGUGAUACAAGGGUAUAAGAUCAGGAAGACCAGUAAGUAGUGAUAACAAACAAAAAAAAUAUUAUAUUAUUAUUAUCAUUAUUAUUAUUAUUAUUAUUAUUAUUAUUAUUAUUAUUAUUAUUAUUAUUAUCAUCAUUAUUAUUAUCAUGACUAUUAUACUUUAUGACUUUCAGGCUGCAAACACAAACUUUAUUGGCUUUUGAAACUGUUCCUUUAAGUUAUAACAAAAACAUGUUGAUAUUCGGAUACAUUUGAAUGAUUUAUUUUAAGACUUUUAAUCUAAUAAAAAAAGACUAUAUACUUAAAACUUAAAUAUUUGUUGCUUUGGGUUACAGUUAAAAUCUUGCUUUGCUUUGUUUAGGUUACAAUUAAGAAAUUUAUUGGGACACUGUUAAACUAAAAGACUGAAAAUAUUUGUUAGUAAUGAUAAUAAAAAAAAAUGUAUGCUUUUAGACUACAAUUAAAAAUGACAACUGUAA